AUGGUGAUGGCGCCGUACGACCGCACGAAAGCUCGAUCAGAGAUACUUGAAACCUUUCGCCCACUGUACAGCGAUCCCUCGAUCACCUCCGAUCCGCAGCGACAUCUCGCCGUUCUACGAUCCAUGAGCGAAGUGUUACCUAGCGCUCUUAAGCCUAGCAAAGCACAGCUCGAGACCCCUCAUUACUACGGAAUCGACAUGAUAGCAUCUCCAACAUUGCGAGAGCGUCUCAUGACAGUCACUUCCGACGUAGCGAGGGCCUUCGUCUCCGAACUUGGCAUCAUCGGUGGAGAACGAGACGAAGUUGGGCAAGUAAUCACCUGGGGCGACGACCCUAACAAUGAGAUGUCCUGGGAGCUUUCCCAACCUCUAUUAGAGCGUUGGGGCUGGCUCCUUGGGCCAAACUGGUUACAGCGAGCCAAUUUCUGGCGACGGCAAAGAGGUGCUCCUUUGUUACCGGAGUGGUAG